AAACGAAAAUAUUAAAGAGUUAUAAAUUUUAGGCCUCAAUCUUGAAUUUCUGGCUCCGUCACUCUCUGUCCCUGGUGCAUACUUUUGGGCAAAUUUGAUCUGAGGAAAGAGGACUACAUGUUAAUAUUAUAUUUAUAAGAUACAGAUGCAAAAACUGUGCUAGUCGAUCAAGCUGACUAUAGUCUGUAGCCACAUCUUUAUUCUUUGGCAUCCUUCAGAAUCACUUAUUCUUGGUAAAUAAUCAAGAAAAUCAUAAUUUUGUUAGGAUGGACAAAGGGGAGCAAAUUAGUUCAAGCUCUUUGGUCAAACCCUUAAUAGAGAGUAAUCACAAUGAAUGUUUUCCAGAGAUGAACAAUGAAAAAGGUGUGAUUACAAAAGAGGAUAUCUUGGAAGAAGUUAAGAAGCAACUAUGGCUGGCUGGACCCCUCAUUUGUGUAAGUGUUUCACAAUCAAUUUUACAGUUGAUUUCUAUUAUGUUUGUGGGGCAUCUUGGAGAGUUGGCUCUUUCUGGUGCUUCUAUGGCUACCUCCUUUGCAAGUGUCACUGGUUUCAUCUUGCUGAUGGGAAUGUCCUGUGCAAUGGAGACAUUUUGCGGCCAGUCCUAUGGUGCAAAGCAGUAUCAUAUGCUUGGCAUACAUAUGCAGAGAGCCAUGUUUGUUCUUUUGCUUGUAAGUAUACCCAUAGCAGUUAUUUGGGCGAACACGGGGAUCAUCCUUAAAGUCUUGGGUCAAGAUCUAGCUAUAUCAGAAGAGGCUGGCCUAUAUGCUCGGUAUAUGAUCCCCAGCCUAUUUGCAUAUGGCCUUCUUCAGUGCCAGAUUAGAUUUUUACAAACUCAAAACAUAGUAUUCCCGAUGUUGGCAAGCUCCGGGAUCACAACUCUGCUGCAUAUUUUUGUCUGUUGGUUCCUGGUUUACAAGUCUGGAUUAGGUAGUCGAGGAGCUGCUGUGGCAACUUCUAUAUCUUACUGGAUACACGUCGUGCUGCUGGCACUUUAUGUAAAGUUUUCUUCUUCGUGUGCAAAAUCCUGGACCGGAUUUUCAAAGGAAUGCCUUCAAGAUAUCCUAACUUUCAUUAGACUAGCAGUCCCUUCAGGUAUUAUGGUCUGCUUGGAAUUGUGGUCAUUCGAAAUGAUGGUUCUUCUUGCUGGUCUUCUCCCUAAUCCACAACUAGAGACUUCAGUGCUCUCCAUCAGCCUCACUACUGCUGAAAACUGCUGGAUGAUACCAUUUGGACUUGGUGCCUCUGUGAGCACAAGGGUCUCAAAUGAACUAGGUGCAAGUCAUCCACAGACUGCACGUUUGGCGGUUUCUGUAGUCUUUGUCCUGGCUACUACGGUGGGCAUUUUGGUUGGAGUACUUUUGUUGUUGAUUCGUGACAUCUGGGGUUAUGCGUACAGCAAUGAAGUAGAAGUUGUUCAAUACGUAGCAACCAUGAUGCCCAUUUUAGCAACAUCAAACAUCUUUGAUGGCAUUCAGUGUGCGCUUUCAGGUGUGGUUAGAGGAUGUGGUUUCCAGCAAAUUGGCGUGUACAUAAAUCUUGGAUCAUACUAUCUCGUCGGUCUUCCCUGUUCUGUUCUGUUUGCAUUUGUUUUACAUUUUGGAGGACAGGGCCUUUGGUUGGGGAUCAUCUGCGCGCUAUUAGUUCAAGUGUUCUUGCUUCUUCUUGUCAUCGCCCGUAUUGACUGGAACAAGGAAGCAAAAAAUGCGAAAGAUCGAGUCUAUGAUUCUGCAAUCCCGGUGGAAAUAAUCUCAUGAUGCAGAACCAAUCUGAUGAAUCAGCUAUUUCAUGAUUUACUGUGUGUAAAUUGAGUAGAAAAAAUGUAGAAUUAUAUUUCUCUCCUACGAAAUUUUUCUUCAUAUUUAUAUGCUUCAAGUUGUGUCGCAAUUUCAACAGAAAAGCCUUAAAGUAAACCCUUGCUCAGAUAAUUAGCCACAGUUACCAGGUAUGCAGGAGUUGAUUAAUUUAACAAACUACUGUGUAGAGAUUUAUAUUGGACGGAUGAUUCGGGUGUUUUCUAAAGGAUUAGCGUUUGUUG